GUCUUCCAAUCUGCAUAAAGAACCUCGACUAUUCAAACUGCUUAUCUAAUAUUUCUCAUGAACUUGUUUGACUUUUUUUCUCUGCACAAAUAUAGUGGACGACUCAAAAUCCAAACCUAAGUUUAUGCAGAACAUUCAAGCACCAAAAAUUCCUGAGGGGGAUAAAGUCGAUUUUGAUGACAUCCACCGUAAGCGUCAGGAGAAGGACCUGGCUGAGUUGCAGGCCCUGAUCGAGGCUCACUUUAUCCAGAGGAAGAAGGAGGAGGAGGACCUCAUCGCUUUGGUUAACAGGAUUGAAAACCGCCGUGCCGAGAGAGCCGAUCAGCAGAGGGUCCGAGCCGAGAGAGAAAAGGAGCGACAGGCCAGACUUGCUGAAGAGAAAGAAAGGAAGGAGCAGGAGGAACAGAGGAAGAAGCAAGAUGAGGAUGCUAAGAAAAAGAAGGCUCUAAGCAACAAAACUCAUCAGUAUGGAGGCAUUCAGCAGAAAGCCGACGCUCGCAAAGGAGCCAAGAAGCAGACAGAGAGGGAGAAGAAGAAGAAGGUUCUGGCUGACAGACGGAAGCCACUAAAUAUUGAUCAUCUCAACGAAGACAAACUCAAGGAUAAAGCCAAUGAGCUGUGGCAGUGGUUGAUGGAGCUGGAGGCUGAGAAGUACGACCUGGCUGAGAAACAGAAACGUCAGAAGUAUGAUAUCACUCAACUCCUUGUUCGAGUUCAGGACCAUCAGAGCGCAAAAGGACGAGGAAAGGGCAGCAGGAGGAGGUAGAAAUGCUGACUGUUCGGAUGCGGGAAAGUCUUGUGCACUGUACAGCCUUGUGGGAUUUGUUAGCGUCAUUAAUAAUUCUACAACUGAAUGGAACACAAACCCUUUCUCUGUAUGUUUGUGUUUGACAUUACAAAUAAAAGACAUUCUGUUUGA